CUGGCUCCGGCUUUCAUGCCGAUCUCCAGCAGACACGCCAACAUCGCUCGCUCGCAGAGUUGGGAUGCCGCCGGCUGGUACGAGGACCCCUGGGAGGUGGCUGAGGGACCCCGGGCCCCGGGCCGGAGGGGAUCGCUGACGGACGGAGACGGGCUGUGGGUGGAGCAGCCCUACCCGGGGCCGCACGGGCUGGCCAUGCCCGGCGGCCCCCAGCCCUACCUGCCCCGGGAGGCCUUCUUCAGCCCGGCGGCCGGCAGGAAGAGCUCCACGCCCGACUCUGCCGCCUUCUACACCAGCCGACAGGCGGUGCUGGCCCCCGGGGCCCUGCUGCAGCGGGGAGACUACUACGGCGAGACCCCCAGAGAUCCGAGACCACCCCGCGAGGCCGCAGGGGCCAGGCCCGGCCCCGGUGUCGGGGUGCUGGGCUGCAGGCUGACGUGGGAGCAGGCGCAGGGCCGCGGGGCCAUGUACACGGACCCCGGCGGUAAGGCAAUCCCCCCGGGCCCGCCGCGGACGCAGGGCAGGCCGCGCUAUCCCGGGGGGCUGCCUGACAGCGGCUAUGGGCCGGAGGGGCCCCCGUUCUACGCCCAAGCCGGAGAGAGGCCGGGGCUUCCUGGCAGGCAGGCUGCUCCCACUUGCCUGGUGGUGGACGCUGCCCCAGAGGGCAACCCGGGUUUGGGGGACGGCCGUGCCCCCGGCCCCUCCAAGCCCGUCUCCUACGAAGGCGCGCGGCCAGACUUCCUGGCGCUGCUGCGGGCCGGGGGGCUGGCCGAGGUCACCGUGCUGGCCCUCCUGCGGCAGGGCUUCGACUCGCCGGCGGUGCUGGCCACCUUGGAGGACUCGGACAUCAAGUGCGUGGCCCCCAACCUGGGCCAGGCCCGCGUGCUGGCCCAUCUGGCUGCCGCCUGCCGGACAGACAUGCAGCUGCAGAGGCUGGGCCCCGGCCCCCCCGGUCCCCCGGGCCCUGCAGGCCCCCCAGGCCGCCCACGCUCCAGCAGCUUUGGCCACCAAGGCCCACUCCCGCCAGCCGAGCUGCCCUCGCUGGCCACUGGGGACACGGCCCAGCGGCCCUCCAGCGCCCCGUCCCAGCACCUCCUGGAGACCGCGGCCACGUACUCCAGCCCCAGAGCUGCGGUGCCCCACUUCCCUGCCAGCUCCGGGUACAGCUCGCCGGUGCCCUAUGCCCUGACCGCCCGGCUGGAUCCCCCACCCCAGCUAGGGGGCGCCUUGUCGAACCCGGGCCCCAGGACGGCCUACCCCACAUCCUACACGGUGCCCAUGGAACUGCUGAAGCGGGAGCGCGGGGCCACCGGCACGCCCCUGGCCAGCCCCCAACUUCUGAGGAAGCCAGGGGCCCCCCCGGAGCCGGCCUCCCUGCCCCCGGCCGGCCAGAGCUUGCGCACGCCGCACUCGCCCUACCAGAAGGUGGCCCGGCGCACGGGGGCUCCCAUCAUUGUGUCCACCUUGCUGGCUUCAGAAGCAAGUAUCCGCCCUCAGAUCAUGAACGGCCCCUUGCACCCCCGGCCCCUGGUGGCCCUGCUGGACGGGCGCGACUGCACCGUGGAGAUGCCCAUCCUCAAGGACCUGGCCACCGUGGCCUUCUGUGACGCGCAGUCCACGCAGGAGAUCCACGAGAAGGUGCUGAACGAGGCAGUGGGCGCCAUGAUGUACCACACCAUCACGCUGACCCGCGAGGACCUGGAGAAGUUCAAGGCCCUGCGCGUCAUCGUGCGCAUCGGCAGCGGCUACGACAACGUGGACAUCAAGGCCGCCGGCGAGCUGGGCAUCGCCGUGUGCAACAUCCCGUCGGCGGCCGUGGAGGAGACGGCCGACUCCACCAUCUGCCACGUGCUCAACCUGUACCGGCGCAACACGUGGCUGUACCAGGCGCUGCGGGAGGGCACGCGGGUGCAGAGCGUGGAGCAGAUCCGCGAGGUGGCCUCGGGCGCCGCACGCAUCCGCGGGGAGACGCUGGGCCUCAUCGGCUUCGGUCGCACGGGGCAGGCGGUCGCUGUUCGAGCCAAGGCCUUUGGAUUCAGCGUCAUCUUUUAUGACCCCUACUUGCAGGACGGGAUCGAGCGGUCCCUGGGCGUGCAGCGCGUGUACACCCUGCAGGACCUGCUGUACCAGAGCGACUGCGUGUCCCUGCACUGCAACCUUAACGAGCAUAACCACCACCUCAUCAACGACUUCACCAUCAAGCAGAUGAGACAAGGGGCUUUUCUCGUGAACGCUGCCCGCGGUGGACUGGUGGACGAGAAAGCCUUGGCCCAGGCCCUCAAGGAGGGCAGGAUACGGGGGGCCGCCCUGGACGUUCAGGAGUCGGAGCCUUUCAGCUUUGCCCAGGGUCCCUUGAAAGAUGCCCCGAACCUCAUCUGCACACCCCACACGGCCUGGUACAGCGAACAGGCCUCCCUGGAGAUGAGGGAGGCGGCGGCCACCGAGAUCCGCCGGGCUAUCACAGGUCGCAUCCCAGAGAGCUUACGGAACUGUGUCAACAAGGAAUUCUUCGUCACCACGGCUCCCUGGUCAGUAAUAGACCAGCAGGGGAUUCACCCGGAGCUCAACGGUGCCACGUACAGAUACCCGCCAGGCAUCGUGGGCGUGGCCCCGGGGGCGCUCCCUGCUGCCAUGGAGGGCAUCCUCCCCGGCGGCAUCCCCGUCACGCACAGCCUGCCCACCGUGGCGCACCCGUCGCAAGCCCCCUCGCCCAACCAGCCCACGAAGCACGGGGACAAUCGAGAACACCCCAACGAGCAGUAGCAGAGUGACGUGCCGUGCCGAGGGGACCCUUCCGGAUGAGCUGGGACCAAGAGACCGCGGGGAAGGGCGCCGAGCGCGGACGUUCGAGCGAAGGACGCUGCGGUGCUAAGAUGCCGCCGCCAGGAGAGCUCGCGGUCCACACGGGCCGCGCAAGCUGGCAUCUGCUUUGGGAAGCAAGUGCGGCGAGACUGGGACGCGGUUCAUUCAUGACCGGCUUCUGUUCUUGUGUGUUAAGUUUCUCAUCUGCAUCAAAUCACGAAAGAAUUGCGUGGGUCUUUUUCCUUUGCCAGUCCUGUGUCCACCGCAGGUCCUGCGCCUUGCUCCAGAGGUCGCCUUGGGAGUUCCAAACAUGGAAGUGAACCGAGUCUAUUGAGAGGAGGCCCCCUGCACGGACACUGGGGGGCUGCUCCCCUCUCCUGCUUAAUAGGAAGCUUGUCACUGCAGAAUCGGGAGGUGAGCGCACAGGGCUGAAGACUGCAGCCGCUGGGCCAAGUCUCUCUCUCCCCUUCGGAACUGUGAACUAAGCGGCCGAGUUGGCUUUGAGUUCCGUAACACUCUGAUGAUGCAAAAAAAAAACAAAAAAAAAAAAGAAUAAUAAUAAGGAAAAAAAAGUAUUAAGUUUCACAAGCUGUUUGUACUCAGAUCUAUUUUCUCAGUUUCAGAUCCCCAGCUAUUUUAUUGAGUGGAGAGUCUUGAACACAGAGUUCAAGGAUAAGUUGCAUUUCCUUAUGUCUCAGGAAAACACUUUUUAUGGUAACUUGUCAGAUUGUCUAUGAACAAACCCACUUUUUUAGACAUUGAUAAAGUUCUUUUCUUCACGUGAUAUUUUAUACAAGAACACUUCAGGUGUGUUAUUAGAUGUGACUGAUUUUAACAAAUCCUAUUAGAUUUGUAUCAACUAGUUACAUGUUAUAUUCAUAGUCUUUUGUGAAUCAUCACCUUUUUGUUGAAAAGAUGGCCUAUUUUGAGCCUUUGUAUAGGUACAUUCCUGUUUUUGUGACAAAAAAAAAAAACUUUAAAACUGUCCCAAACGGAAAAAUAAUGGCUAUCAGAAAUCCGUUUUAUUUUAGUGUGAGUUACCGUUCCUGUAUUUGUUUAUUGUAAAGGUGGACACUUAGCGUUCAGUGCAGUUUUCAAUAAAAAGAAAUAAAAAUUU